CACAACCUCACCAUCAUGUGUGGGUUGUGGUUGCUUCUUCUGUUCCUGUGCUUCCUGGUGGGGAUUCCAUCUUUACCAACCUUCUGGAAAACCAAAAUCUACCAAAAGCGUCAGGGCAGAGCCAAGAGGAGAAGAAAAGGUGGAACAUCAAGUGGUUGGAGAAAUUACCAGAGGGAAACAGAGGAGAAAAGGAGGCUAAUUUCUAUUCUGAAAAGGCCCCUAGGCUGGCCUCGCGAUACCACCCGCAUUCGUCAACUAUUAUGCCCAGACCCCUCCUGUGAGGUGUGUAAUAGCACAACUGCAGAGAUCAAUCGGCUGCUGUUCCUGGAGGACCUGGAAGAUGAUACUGCCUCUGUGUCCUCUAUGGCUUCCACAGCUUCUGGGACUGAGUCAUCAUUCACUCUGUCCUCUGCCUUCUCAGAAGUCCCUCCAGGAGACCUAACACCAUCCCCUCCACCUGACCCUUCCCCACCGCCCCCCUCCGUUCUCUCACCUAACCCAAUGACACCCUUAGCUGACUUUAUCUCACCCUCACCACCGGGUCACUCUAUGCCACCAGAGCCUUUUCCUCCCUUGGAGUCCAACUUCCCAGCAGACCAGUCCCCACCCCAACCCCUUGCCCUUCCCCCUCUCCCACCACAUGACACCCAGGCAACGGGUCCUAUUCUCCAACCAGAGGCCACUCUGUCUCUGAAUACGAUCUUCUCUCUUGACCUCACCCUUUCCCAAGAUAUUAACCCCUUACCAAAUUUGUCCCAGAUAAUGAAUCCCAAUGACUCACUGGCUUGUCACCACGCACCACCAAGCCUGUCUGUCUCACCACCGACAGACCACCCUUUAACUGUGACUCAAUCUAAAUCGGUUUCCAUCUUAUUGAAGUCUGUUCCAGAGAACUCAUCUCCAGAUAGCCCUGGUGGGUUGUCCACUUAUGUCCCAACAGUCAGAGGCACUGACCAUUCAAGUCUGUCAAUUUCAGAAUUCUCUUGUUGUCAGGCUCCUGCCAAGAACAUGUUCCUCCCCACAUUAUCACACUCUGAUUUUCAACGAGAGCAACUUUCCCUCCGUCUACCAGAGCUCUGUCUCUGGGGAGACUCUGCUACCAAUCACAUGGAGGCCAGCAGCCAUUCUUUCCUUGGCCUUAAUGGCCAGGCAUUCUUGGCAAGACAAAUAAAAAAGAGAAUGGAUUUCCAGAUAUUAGAGAAGAAAGAAAAGGAGGAAGGACUAUUUUCAAAACAAAUGUGCUCAGAAAACCAACGGAUGUCUUCAGGGAAUUCAUUGCAGCCACUUGACGUACAAGACACCACAGCCCCCUAAACUGGCUGGGACAUCACAGGCAAACCAGAGCAGCUGAGCAUUUGUCAACAGCUACUGUAUGUCAAGACUUUGGGAGAAAACUUGCAGCAGAAAUAUACCCAGCUCUUUUGGGGUCUUCCCUCUCUGCACAGUGAGUCCCUGGUGGCCACUCUCCUGGUUUCUAGAAGUAGUGCCCCACUAGGGUCUCAUUUUGUCUUAUUCAAUGGAAUCUGUAAUGCUUCUGCAGUCAAGAUGUGGGAUCAAGAAUCUCCACCACUUCCCCAUUCUCACCCUCCUCCCCUCCCCGAUGUACAUCCGCAACCCUUCUCUCAGACCAACCCCCAAUCCCAGCCCCCACCUUUCACUCAGGUCCAGCCCCAUGCCCACCUUCAAUCCCCACUCUCACUCCUACCAUCUUCUUCUCCAUCCCAGAUUAGGGACCAUGGAGUGUCUUUCCAUAGAUCCCAGAUUGAGUCAGACUCUCAUAUCUCAACUGAAAAUCAACACCUGAAAUGGCACAUGUUGCAGAAGCAACAAGAAAGUCUGUGGGGUUUAGUCCCUGCAUUCCAAAAAUCUCAAGAAGCCACUUGUCCUCAAGCUCUCACCCCUCCUUUGGUCAGCCAGUCCUCCCAUGCCUAUGUACCAGUCUCUGUCCUUCCUGGCCAUUUUCAUAUCACCAGUGAACCCCAGGAUAAAAUGGAGCUCCACAUUCCAAGGAGGCUAUUCUCACACUGCUGCCUCCAUGCCAGUAGGAAUCUAGAGUCUCUGUGUAAAUGCACAGAAACAUCUCAGCAAAAAGACAGACAUGCUCACUCGCAGCUCCGUCAGCUUCAGGGCCAGAGUAGCAAGGAUCGAGCAGAGACUGAAUUGAGUUUCCCAGGAAGCUUCCAUGAGACGAUCUCAACAAAGUUUCAACUAAGGCAGGACAUGAAGAGGAAUCUUGGAU